AGCAGAUGGUUCCUGGCACACUCGACAGCGGCUUUGUUAUGUCACCGACCAAAGAAAGGGAUAAAUCUCAGCUGACUAUGCUGGUGCACGUGAAAUCAUGGAUGAUUUAAUAUGCAGAAGAGAAAAUGUCCUCCUUUUCAUACCCAACUUAAUAGGUAAGACACGUUUGUCUUCCGUAUUACAUCCAAAUGGAUUCUUGGAUUCUUACUUGCUUUAGAGCAUUACUUCUUGUAGCUAGUAAAACUAAUUUAAUUAAAUAUUUGAUAUAGGCUGAUAUACCAGCUCGAUGAAUAAUUGAAGCUGAAUUAACAGCAAAAAAAGGCUGAAUUAGUCACCUGAUUGAUUGCAAAUAUGCAGACUGAAAUGCAUAGGACACACUUUGACACAAAUUUCAGUUCACAAGCACAAAUGUUUUAAUUCCAAAGGGUAUGUGCGGGUUAUCCUUUUAUUUGCAUCGUGGAUCUUCUUCAACAAUCCAGUCCUCUUCCUGUGCUUUUACACAGCUUCAGUCUUGCUGGAUGGUGAGUGUGGUAACUAAAUUUUUCUGUAAUAACAAUUUGCAUAAAGCCUAAACUUCAUGGCUUUUGAAUGUGUAGGUAAUUGUACAAAGUUAUUACAAAACUAGCCAUGGUACACACUGUGUAAUUCCUGAGCUUUUAGUGGUUUUUAGGUCAUAGUAUUACCUCACAUGUCAUGAGCCACAAAUAUUGCCAUAAAAAUUGUAUUUGGUACAAUGUUUGUGACAGAUUUUGAGAUGUGGUUUGGUAAUUUUGGUUAUUGUUUCUUUAAUUCCAGGUCUAGAUGGAAUCGUUGCUCGGCAAUUGAAUCAAACAUCAGCAUUUGGAGCAUGGGUACUUACCAUACUUUUCUUUGCUUGGAAUUUAGGAUAAUUCUAUUUGUAGCUGUUUAUUUCUUCCACAGAGUAUUUCCUGAUGUGAUUAACAAGCACCAAAAGUGCGAUUCCUUGAAUGAGAAGUCUCAUUUUGCUUUCAAAGUUACUCCCUUUAGAUGGAUGGCAGACAGAAAAAUCUUAACGAGUUCCCCAAAAUUCAACCCUUUGACCCUCUUAGAGUGACCAACAUCUAAUUUCUCCUUACAAUAUCACUCCCGAAUCAAACAUUAAGGUCACAAGAAUAAAGGAAAUGAUCACCAACUAAAUAAGUUCUUGGUUGUUAAACAAAUCCUCUUCAUCAGCACUUUGGGAAAUGUAUAGAAAACAGUAUGGAGAAUAGAGAUACUGAUGUUAGGGUGUAAAGAGCUAGCAAUGGAUGAUCACAGCUUAGUGAUACUGACCUCCCUGUUAAGAGGGUCUCAGCAACCUAUCAACAAUCAGUAAUCAAGGUUAACCCAACUGUUUAAUAUGCACCAAUGGUGCAUAAUGGUGCAUAACAAUGGUGCAACCAGGUGUGGUAGAGUUGGGUCUCUACCACACCUGUUAAUAUAAUGAUUUUUAGAAUUUCAAGUUCCUUGGUCGAGCCUUAGGUUCAACCUGUGAUUAAAGCCUCUCAUUUGGAGGUAGGAAAAAAAUGACAGCAAGUGUUGUGGUCUAAAUAUAAUUUUAUGUGAUUUCUUUUUAAGUUGGAUGUUGCUACAGACAAUCUUGGCAGAGGAAUGCUUUGGACCUUGCUUUAUAAGGUAAAAUACUUCUAACCAUUUAUAGCUAAUCACUGGGAGAUUUAUUUAAUUUUCUGCAUUCUUCUUAACAGUGGGGAUACUUUAUCAGUGCAGUGGAGUGGAUGGUAUUUGUGUGUACACAUUCACUUGGAGCACAUUGGAAGAGUACUCAAUCCAACCCACCUUCAUGGGUUCAACUUGUUAUGGCUAAAGGUUUGUUAUGACUGUUAUUAAUUAACUAUGUGCUUUAAUCAUUAGGCGAAGUCUUUCCAUCACUCAACUGUUACAAUCAAUUAUUAUUAAUAGCGUUAGCCCGUAAUGACAAUCCAUGGUAAAACUUUAAAAAUGUGCUUUUUGUUUAAAUAUCUUUUAUGACUCCCAGCUUCUAUGGUUACGGUAGUAAUGAAACUAAUGAAACAAUAAAUUACAUUUAAAAGUGCUAUCAGAAUGUUUGUUUUGAGGUAUAGAUUAGGUUUAGCAAAGUAAUCUAGUUACAAAAAAAACUGAAAUAAAUGAAGGUUAAGGUUUCUUUCUCAGGAUUUAAAACACCUGCAGGAGCAUUUGCAAUCUGUGGCCUUCAUGGGCUCCCUGUGUGGUUGUAUGGUAUGAAUAAACACAUGUGGUCACCAUUCAUGUCACAUCACUUACAGUUGGGAGUCACUGGAAUUUUAGUGUCUGGUAGAGCCUUGUGCAUGGGAGUUGAGGUAAGAGUAGUUGCAACUGAUAACAAUGUACCUCACACAGGAGCUUAAUAGACAAACUCAGAAACUGAUCGACUGGCCAACUGGUUGACUGACUGACUGACUGAUCAACCUAAUGGCUGAGCAAUCAAUGUUUGACCAACAGAAUACUGACUCAGUGACUGAAUGACUGAACAACCCAUCAACUGACCAAUCAACUGAAUAACUGACUUGCUGAUCAGCUGACCGUCUGGCUGACCAAUUGACUGACUGACUGACUGACUGCCCAGCUGACCAGCUUACUGACUGACUAAAUGACUGACCCACUCCCUCACUCACUGACUUGCUGACUGACCUACCAACCAACCGACUGACUGACUGACUGACUGACUGAUCAACUAAAAUGAAAAUUAACUGAAAUAGGGAGAUUCCCAAUAUAAUUUUCGAUUGUGUCAAUUUCGUAUCUUAACCUUUAAUUACUACUCAACCAAUUUCAGUGUAGAAAUAGCUGAGGGACAAAAAGCUGCUUCAAUGUUGUGACUCAGUAAUGAUUUAUUAAUGUGCUAGAAUGGUUAUGUCAAUGAGUAAAUGGUACUUUGAUAAUGUUUUAACAGGUUUGGUUUAUUACAAGUCACAUUAAAGAUUUACUGGCAGAUCAUGAACAAAAAAGGCCCUUAUCAAAUACAGAACCCAUGAUGGAAGACACUGAUUAAAGAUGCAUGCUAUCUUGAAAUCGGUCAUGCCAGCUGGUGGCAUUUAAAGAUAGCUUUUUCAUCCUGAAAUUCUUAAAAAAUUCAGCACUAAUAAAAACUGAGCAUUUUGUACCUUUCUUAUCACUGAAUUAUUCUAUGAAUUGUAAGUAUUUUUUCUGAUCAUAAAAGUUUCCACCUAGGGACAUUUUAACAUAUAUCAAAUACUGAAGAUGUAGCUAAAUGAGGCCCAAAUAACUAUGACUGAAAAAGAGGUGCAAACUUUGAAUAUGAAACCCAGAGCCUCACAUAACAAUGAUAAAAGUUCCUAGUUAUCAAUUGAAAUUAUUUUAUAUUUAUCAGUAGACUAUUAUUUGCCACAUGACUUCUUUCAUAUAUGGCUGAGAUCUUUUAAAAUUAUUUUAUUGAUUAAUUUGCAUGUCACUUCUUCUUCUUUCCCUCAUUGUCAUGUGGAAAUAAAUUACAUUAAACGUGUCCACAAGUCUAGGAAGGCUAAUAAACAAACAAGUCAAAGAGUAACAACAAGCCUCUUCGGCUGUCAAUGUGAGAUGUCUCUACAGUGAAAAGAAAAUCAUCCCAGAAAUCAAACUGUACUAUUAAAUAAGACAGAAAAAAUGUGCUCUAUGGUAGACUCACAAGUCUGUAGUUGUUUUAUCGACCUGUAUCCUGCAAGUAGGCCCUCAUGGUAUAUCUUUGCCCACAAAGUAAGCUAUUCAAGGCCUUGAGAAAAGCCAGAUUAGGAGAGAUCUACAAGGAAUCUGGCACUUAUUGUGGAAUUCAGAAAAUUUGUAAGGGGGUUGAGCUGUUCGCUUCAUCUCGACGAGAAUUAACGUUUUACUCUACUGCUGCCACUGGAGUAUUAAAACUAUAAAAUGUGAU